AUGACUUUUCUUCAUAUUAUUGCCAGCAAUGCAACUUUUGGGACGAUGAUGGGAUCAGGAAGCAAGUCUUCCAUUGCGACAAAUGCGGCAUUUGCCGCGUCGGAGGUCGCGACAAUUAUUUUCACUGUGAUGCUUGUGGAAGCUGUUACCCCGCCGAGAUCAAAGAUUCGCACACGUGCGUGGAGAAUGCAAUGCGAAGAAACUGCCCGGUGUGCUUGCAGGAUCUCUUUCAAUCGGUCACGCAAGUCACGAUCUUGCAAUGCGGCCAUACCAUUCACCAGGACUGCCUUCGGGAAUUGCAAAUGUCGUUUGCAGGAUUGCAGUCCUUGCGGUGCCCCAUAUGCAGCGUGUCUCUCUACGGCUGCGACGAUCUGUGGCACGAGAUUGACCGGCAGAUCGAGGAGACGCCAAUGCCUUUUGAAUACAGGCAGAUAUCAUUGGGUUCGAAGUCGAAGGAGUCGAAGAAGCCAGGUUCCUCGCUUGAACCAACUUGAACGUGUAGCGAAGCGGUUUUUCAUGGGGGACUCACAAGAAUCCACCAUUUCGUGA